GGUUCGGUCGGCGGCGGAGUUCUUGGCGCCCCGGCGUGGAGCAGUGCAGUGGGAAGGUGUGCGGCGAGGAAAGAGCGGCGGGGCGGAGCCGAGUGUGUCCAGGGGCAGCAGCACUCCCGGGACCUCUGCUUGUCGGGGCCUCUUCACAAACACCCGGUACCAACGAACAAUGUUUCCUUGAGCUUGCUUCACCAAUGUCUUUCAUUCUGAAUAUAUUAAGAAACAUGCUGGCAUAUUUUGGUGUUCCCGUAGACCAGGACUUGCUGAUUUGGCAAAAUAGAGACUAUGGGUCAGCUCGGAGUAUCAUUCGUAUUAUUGGGAGAAUGCUUCCUUUGGAACCUUGUCGAAGACCUAAUUUUGAGUUGCUCAUGCACUUGAUGAACUCUAAGGAGUCUGAGGAUUAUGAACCUGGGGUUCCAUCUUUUGCUGAUGUUUUGUGUGUGGCAAGUGAUGAAGAAGCCAGCUGCCUCAGAUUUCGACAUAGUGUAUGGAGGAAGGAGGAGGAAAGGGAAAUUGCUCUUUUUCAUCCUUCAAAACUAGUUUGGGACCCUUCAUCACCUGCUCUGAGACAGAACAAACCAGUGAAAAAUGACCUUUCAGUGAGUGACGCUGCAGUUAAAAAGAUAGCUGCCCUUGAAGAUGAGCUGGCUUUUCUUCGGUCUCAGAUUGCUGCAAUUGUGGCAAUGCAGGACCCGAGAGAGGGUAAGGAGACUGGCUUCAUUGACUUGAGUGAUGGGUGCAGCAUGGAACAAGCACCUUCGCUGUCAGUGACCACUGGGCUGAGUGGAGAACCGGACCACUUUCCAAGUGUGGUACUUUCCUCUUCUUCUCCACCUCCGCCACCGCCUCUUCCUCAGUUUUUUCUCCAGCCUCCAAGUUCUCCUCCCCCACAACCUGGAUCUGCUCAAACAUGUGAAAUGAAGUGGCACUCAGGUGUUAAGAAGACCCAUGAUAGCCAGAGAGUUAGUGAUGUUCCACACAUGUUGGAUGUUCUAAAGGACAUGAAUAAGGUCAAACUUCGCCCUGUUGAAAGGUCACCAGGGGGUAGACCCAUUCAAAAGAAGAAAAGACAAAGUUCACAAUGGGAUCCAGUGUCUGUAAUAUCUAAUGCACUUAAGCAGAAGUUUGCAUUUCUAGAUGAUUCCUUUGACAACGAAAAUAGAUCUUGGGAGUAUUCUCCAUUUUCUAGUCCAGAAACUUCAAGGUUUUGAUGUCACAUUUCUCCAAAAGAAAGUCCGUGAUCUAAGGGAAGGUGAUAAUGUAAGAGCAGUUAUCUAAAGUAUUGGAAGUGAAACCUGUGCCCACACUCAGAAGGACAGAUCCAGGCAUGCUGUGUGGUGUCCUUCGCUGCCUUUCAGAGAAUCAUAACCUCUUUAGGGUGAUCAAGCUGUACUCUGGAACCUCUCUGCGCCCAGCCUGAGGAAGACAUUUAAACAUUGGAAGAUCUGGCAUGUAACUGGCGACUGAAGAGAGUUGGGUGUAUAGAUCCCCCACUGUAUGAGAGUGCUACUGAAAAUGAAAUAUAUGCUUCAGUGAUUUUCCUAAAAUUACGGCUUCUAACUUAAGUGCUUUUCAGUUUUGUAAACUGGUGUGAUACAGUUUAUUUGGCCUUCAGCAACUUGGAGAUUUCCAGUGACCAAGAGAUGAUAAUUUUUUUUCAUUGAGAUAAGCAUAGUUUUAGUCAUGUAGGAUUGAAAUUUCCAAAAUCUUGAGGUAGUAAGUUAUUUUGACUGUCAAGUGCCGCAGGUAGAAGUAGAGUUUUGAUAAGUUACUCACACUGGCUUUGCACACACAUGUGCCUGGCAUGUUUCCUCUGUUUUCUAUUAUAUCUGUACCCCCUCUCUUUGGUAAACAUAUUGUUA